AUGCAUAACAACAGUGUGACUGAAUUCAUUCUUUUUGGAUUGACACAAGAUCCAGAAAAAGAGAAGGCAAUAUUUGGAGUCUUCUUGAUUCUUUACCUUAUGACUUUAAUGGGGAACUUUCUCAUUGUGGUAACCAUAAAGAUGAGUCAGACACUUGGGAGUCCCAUGUACUUUUUCCUCUUCUAUUUGUCUUUUGCUGAUGCUUGCUUCUCCACGACGACAGCACCUAGAUUGAUCGUGGACUCCAUUACCCGGAAAAAAAUUAUUACCUACAAUGAAUGUAUGACUCAGGUCUUCGCAGCCCACUUCUUUGGGUGCAUGGAGAUCUUUGUGCUUAUUCUCAUGGCCUUUGACCGCUAUGUAGCAAUCUGUAAGCCUCUAAGAUAUACAACUAUAAUGAGCCAACAUAUCUGUGGUAUAUUAGUGAUUCUUGCCUGGGUAGGGUCUUGUAUUCACUCUUCAGCACAAAUUUUCUUAGCCUUAAGAUUACCAUUCUGUGGCCCAAAUGUGAUAGAUCACUAUUUCUGUGAUUUGCAGCCCUUGUUGAAACUUGCCUGCAUGGAUACCUAUGUGAUAAAUUUGUUAGUUGUGUCUAAUAGUGGUGCCAUAUGUAUGGUAAGUUUCAUAGUACUGCUUAUCUCCUAUAUUGUCAUCUUAUACUCUCUGCGAAACCACAGUACAGAAGGAAGGAGAAAGGCCUUGUCUACAUGCACUUCCCAUUUCAUUGUGGUGGUCAUAUUUUUUGGUCCCUGUAUAUUUAUAUACACACGCCCACCAACCACUUUCCCAAUAGACAAGAUGGUGUCUGUGUUUUAUACAAUUGGAACACCUUUACUGAACCCUCUUAUCUAUACUCUGAGGAAUUCAGAAGUAAAAAAUGCAAUGAAAAAAUUAUGGUGUGGUAAAGUAUGA